GAAGAAGCUGAAAUUUGAGACAUCAAAUGAAUUAAUGGCUUUUAGAUAUAACGCGACGAGAAAGAAAUAAAAAAUUAACGUCGACCGGCCGAAGGUUUCGUAAGUAAAAAAAUAUCAGUCGACUGGUUUUGUUCAAAAGUCGGGCGGAGCGAUAUGGAUUAACAAAAUUUCAGAUCCAAAUCUCUCGCGGUAUAUUAAGGCAGAGUGGAUAUUCUUUCUUCGUAUAUUGCAGGCGAAUCAAGGUAAGUUGAAGCAAUGCAAUAUAAUGUAAAGUAAGGUAAGGUAAGAUGGGGGAUCUCGCCGCGUGCCUACUUUCUUCUGGAUUCUCUAGGUUGAUGGGGGGCCCAAGAGACACCGGGGGGUCAGUGGGGGGAAGGAGGAGGAAAUGAAGAGGGACACCGUAAAGCCCGUUGAACGACCGGACACAGUAUUCGACGAACUGGCGCGCUACUCAAACUAUAAAUCGAAUUUCAUCCUCAGUAUUUAUCGACUAAGUGUUACAACUUCUCUCCCAGAAUAAUUGUUGUUAUUUAUUCCCUGUUAUUUCGUUACAAGAGAAAUUCAAAAACAAGGUACAAAUCGCACAUAAAUUCUGAUAAAAAGUGUUUUUUCUUCAAUAUUCUCUCACGUUAUCAAGUGCGAAUAUUACCGGUCUUUCGACGUAACAAAAGACUACUGAUUCGUAAAUGUUGCCGUAACAGACCAAAAUGGUUAUCGCACGAGUCUUGUUUGGUGCACUUACGACCUGGUGUACCGUUCACGCUAUCACGGUCCCGAUCGACCGCUCAGAUGCGCAAAUAACUCCAACGCGAUCGUCUAUGAUCGCUAACGGAUGGCGACCUUUGACCGGGUACGAAAAUUUGGGAACCAAAGUUUCCCAUCAGUCGGGUAAUCUCGACAGAACUUUCCAUCAUCCGGCGAUCGGAAAACUUCAGGAGCACGUGCAGUCGGCUUCCGAAAAACAAACACACCAAGUGAAGAACACCCAGCAGCAGUCCAAGCAGGAAUACAAUCCGCCCAGUAUUUUGGGAAGUUUCAGCGUUUUCGGUCACGCGGCUACGAUGGCGCGAGCAAAACCGAAAGAACACCCGAAACAGCCGACUUCUGCGGCGACGCAUUACUCUUUUCUCGUACCACCGCCCCGAGACUCCUUUCGGUUCGAGAUCGAGCCACACCGGAAAACGAUAGUCAGGGAUAACGAGGCGUUCCUCAGACAGCCGAGUUUUAUCUCCCAAAGUCAUCAAGGGGAUGCAAAUCCCUCCCCAUUCUUUUCCAAGGGAUCGGGAUUCACCGCGUCCACCAACUCUCCCGGAUUUUCGAAAGGCAGACCGUUCAUCGUGAACGGUAUGAGUACAUACGGAAUUCAGCAGUCCGUCCAGCCCCAGAGAUUCAACCAGGCGCAGCAAUUCGAUAUUCAAAAAGCUCCCAACACUAAAUCGUACCUGCAACCACCGGGGCUGGAGAACGCCAGUGUAUUCGGAAAGGAAAAUAAAAAUCCCGAUAGCCCCGGUGGCUUCAGAUUCCACAAUCAACCGCACAGUGCUCAAAUUGCGAACGGAGGUGCGGGCAAUUUUUACAGUCAGGUAGACCACCCGGCGCCCUUCAAAAGCUCCUACGAAAGAGAUCCCUCGUUUUUGGUACACGAGAGCCAUGAGAUAAGUUACGCGACACCGCCGUCGAAUUUCGGUUUCAAUUUCAGGCCCUCUUUUCCGUUUGACAGCUUCAUGCCACCGAAUCGAUUCGGGUCUACGAGUCCGCCAAAAGUUGAGGGGAACAAAUUCGCGCCACCCCAGACCACCGGCGUGAGAAAUGAUCAAUACAAACAGUUCGAGUCGAACAGCAGUCCCGAGGAAUCCCUUAUCAAGGCACAGGGAUUGUCUCACGGGCUGCAACCUGGCACGUAUUUUAUCCAAGGCGCGGAACAACGACCGACGACUACGUGGCCCCAGCAAAAAUCGAAGUUUACCACCGAGAUAAAUGAGGUUCUUCCAAGGAAGAAUCCACCGGCGAAAUUCAGACCGGAACCAACUAGACCGAACCCAGUUUUCGGGCUACAGUCGCAAGUCAAUAAUCAACCGGAAGUUAUUUAUAUUAGACCCGGUAUACAGUCGCAAUUUGAGAAUCCGGUAUCUUCCGUGCAACACCACCAACAACAAACUACGCCUACGGAACCCGAAUACGAAACUCCCGAGAGUAUUUCUCUGAAACAUUUUAACGAACAGCAAUUCUUGCUUCAACAGCAACUCGUCCAACAGGACAGACAACGGCUGCAAGAACAGGAACUCCAAAGGCAGAAGGAACAGCAACGGAAACACGAAGAAGAGGUCAGAAAACGACAGGAGGAAAUAAGGCUGUUUCAACAGAAGGAGAAGGAGGCUGAAGAGAAGAAACUUGCGGAGGAGCGGUUGAAGGCGCAGCGGGAACGACAGGAACAACGGGAACGGGAGGAACAAAAAUUACAGGAAGAAUUCGAACUGCGAAAACAACAAGAAAUGCAGGAACAGAUCGAGCAACGUAAGCAGCAACAGUUGCAGGAAGAGAUCGAACGAAGAAAACAGGAGGAACUGAGGGAACAGAUCGAAGAACAGAAGAGGAUUCACGAGCAGCAAUUCGCUAUUCAGCAACAAGAGUACAACAGACCAGUUUCGAAUUAUCAGGAUCAAACCACGCCGCUGCACACUUUUAAACCAUCCCAAGAGACUUUCGAAACAACGGUGACCGAGCCGAGUAUAAGGGAAACGGAGACACCUCAAUCCCAAACGGAAGAACGACCUCAAGUCGGAGCGGAAGUUCGACCUUACCGACCGAAGUUCCCUCAGAGAGGAACGACCAGGAGACGCAGACCGGGACUCGUAGCUCAGCCAACUGAGGCAUCUGUUCAGGAAACCGGCACUUAUCACUCCCUCACGGAGGCAUCCGUCCAGACCACUUUGGAUCCGGAAGUGACCACUCUUCCUGUUCCAGUAACUAUCAGGCCCAGACCUAGAAGACCCGGACAACCCCAGUUGAAGAGAAAACGACCCUCGUAUACGACAGCGACGCCGCAACAAGAGGGCUCUUCGACAACCGGCUCCAGUAAUAACCGCCAAUCGGAAGCGGUCUCGAGGUACCAGAGUUUGGAGAGUGACUCUUCGAAACGUAGGAGAGUAAGGCCGACGCAACCGACUGUGUCGUCCGAGGAAACUACGAGCGAACGACAUUACAUAAGAAAACGACCAACGGGAUACAGACAACGGGUGAAUCACGGCGAACCGUUCGAGGCGGAGGUUGUAACGGAGAUAGUGAAGCCCACCAGAAUCAUCUACAAGGAUACGACGGAAUGGGAAAAUUAUCCGGAAAGUUUCAAGAAAAAGGAUUCCCAGGAAAUCGACACCUCAUCGCUGCCGUCUCAGACCUUCGCGAGUCAAGAUAUGGAACAAGUCUCGACCGCGAAUUCCGCACAACUGUUGGAAUUUUCGACCGAAACUGUUGCUCCCGAGGACGCGACGAGUUUCGACGAGCAAAUACGGAGCAGCGGACCGACCACCGUCACCGAGGACGGGUCGAAAAUUCCGCUGCAAAAUCUCUUCAACAACAUGCAAGAAGAGAAUCACGUCGAACCCGUUACCGCUCACGAUGAAGAUAUUCCUACGCAACCGGCACCGACCACAUCUACCACCACCACUACGACGACCACCACAACGACGACUACGACGUUGGCUCCGCCGACGACUUCGGAAAUUACUCCGUCAACCAGACCGUCCCAUAGAAUCCGACCCCUUAAAUACGGAAACGCGACGAGGCCCCGUUUCAGCAUAAAGGAUUACAAGAGUAGAUUGAGCUACAAGAACAGAUUGUCGCACGUAUCGACGACCGAAAGUUCGCCGGUUCCGUCGUCCGGCAGAAGAAGAAUCACGACGGAGAAACCGGACGAUUCGUCGUCGAACGCGGGUUCGGGAAUAAGGGAAACUACCGGCAGGUAUAAGUACAUGUCCAGAGUUACGCACAGGCCGAUAACGUACACAUCGACAACAGCUAGGCCCGAAUUACACGACGAAGAAAUAACCGAAAGACCGAACAGAUUCGUACCGAAAAGAAGACUCAAUUCAAAUUUGUACAGAAGCCGAAUUCCGACGAAUAAUUCCCAGCAAAAUAAAGUUGUCAACGAAGAUAAUAAGCAGAGCACGACUAGACCCGAAAAUAUAUUUUCUUCCGCCAUUCGGCGACCGAGACCGUCGUACAGGAACAGAAAUCAUCAGGAAUCGUCAACGCCGACGGAAGAGGCCACAGAAAUGACGGCGGAGGAGACGAGUUUCUAUUCGUCUAUGACGACGCCGCAGAUGAAAGAGGAUCCCAAAAACGCAACACCAACCGAAGGAACGUCUAGUGCGAAUACCGACGACAAAGAGAUAUCGAAUUUCAAAGAAAUGACUGCGAACGAGGUGAUGCAGGGUAAAGAAGGUGAAACUCUCGGCGUGAAUAGAAUCGAGGAUACCUCUGCGGCUUCCGAAAAAGCGGGUCUUGAAAUUCCGGAAAAAGAGGAACCGGAAGUAACCGUGGCGACCCCGACGCGAAGAAUGCAAGAAGAUCAAUUACAAGACGACGAUUCCGUUGCCCAAAAUGAGCCGAUAAUCCCUACGAUAUCAUCUUGGACAGCGGAACCUGGCGAAGAUGCCGAAGACGCUUACAUUUCCCAAAGAAUCGCGAACCUUACUAGUUCCGCUUCAGAAUUAUACGAACCUGGAAUGUUCAAAGCAGUUUCUCCGGCAACAGAAAGCAGGGUAAUCAGUCCCCACUUUGCCAUGGCAACUGAGGAGCCCACUCUGCCCAUUGAAGCUUUUUUCCAAGUAUUAGCUAAAAAAGAUGAGUAAAUAUCAGCGCCUAAGACUUUCAGUUAAGAAGAAGAAGAAAAAUAAAAAAAAGAACGAAACCUAAAAAGAAAUAGAAGUCGCUGCGCGGCGUUAGAAUCUUUCGUUUUUUAUAUGCACAAGAAACUCACUUCCAAGCUCACAAUCAGCCUCUUUAUGCAGCGUGUUCUUGUCUCGCAGUGUUCCAUGUAACAGAAAGAAAAAAGAGAUUGUAAGAAGGUGAAAAAUUCCAAGAAGAUAUAAGAAAAGCAUUACGGGGAUAGUGUAAUAAGAUAAUGAGGAUAUACGGUAAAUAAUCCUGAGGGGAUUGCAGAGAAAAUUUAUGAUCACAUUCUAUAUUCAUAAGUAUGUAGUGUGUAUAGUGCGGUCAAGUUUUUUUUUUCCCAACAAAUUGAGAUUUACGUAAUAUUCAACAGUCGAGAAUCGACGUAUACUUAACAUGUUAGUGUUAAUCAAAAUAUUUAUUUUCCUAAAAAUAUUCAGAACUCAUAAACAUGAUCGUGUACCUAUUUAAUAGUAAUAAUAUGUGUAACUUAUUGCGUCUAUCGUGGUGUAGAUGGAAUUUUCUAAGGAUAAAUGUUGAA